AUGAUUUUCGCAUACAUUUCCUUUUUAUUUUUUAUUUUUUUGAAUAACAACGUAAUCAUUUCCGGUGAAAAACUUUGGAUUCCCGCGACAACGACACCCGGCGAAAUGUGGAAUCCUAAAACUUGGAUUUUACCCUUUUUAGUGGCCGUAAGCGAAACACUGGGUGAAUUUUUUAAAAAAGCACAACAGAUAUUAAAUCAAUUAUAUGUUAAAGCACACGAAACGAACGCUUUCGGUUGGCCUUGGAAAUAUCCUUCCGGUGUAAAUUUUCAAAACACACAAGAAUCAAAUUCGCUCGGAAUUACGACAGGAAAUAAUAAUAAUAAUAAUAAUAUACUACAAAGUGGAACAAGUAAACCAUCAAAUGAAAAUAAACCAUCAACAGGUUUUCCGACAUUACCCGAGGGUUAUUUAUAA